AUGCCCUCACUACGCAACAUCCUCCACAAACGCGACGACCUCAGCGCCCAAACAGCUCAAAAUGAACCAGAAACACCCCCAGCACCUGAGUUCAAGCUCAUCCGUUCAGACACCCAUACCCAAGAGAUACUAAUCCCACCAUCUCAUCCAAACGACCAAACCCAAUACCUAUCAUCACCAACUCAAGAAGAACCUACCUCUCCGCGCCGGAGCUUCCAGCUCUUCAACCGCUCCCCCAGACCUGCCUCUGCAACCUCACAAUCCCCACCACCCCAUCGCGAGCGCCGUCUCUCAAACCUCCUUCAUCUCGGCCCCCGCAGUCGCAGUAACUCGCGUGACUCCUCCGUUAGCUCUGCUAACCUCCCCGCGGACCUGCCGCAGAUCGAUGAUGAUCGCAGUGCGAGCAACCAGGAGCGCGAGGCGUUGUGGGAAAAGAGGGCUACUGUGCUUGUGCAGCGGAAUCCGCAGUUCGCGCAGUCCGGCUCGUCAUUGCCGCGGCAAGGGGAGGGGGAGGCAUCGCUGGGUUUGGGACUGGGGCUGGAGCAGGCUAGACCGAGGAGUUCGAGUCAGAGUCGGAUUGGGAUUGAUCCGAAUGAAGAUAUUAAUAUUCAAGAGGCGAUUCGAUUGCAUGAAUCCGGUGACCUUGAAAGAUCAACUCAAAUGUUUGGACAACUUGCCGAUCCGAAUGGCGCAAAUAAUCCCCUGAGUCAGGUUCUUUAUGGCCUCGCGUUGCGACAUGGAUGGGGCUGUCCUGUAGAUACCCCACGCGCCGUAACCUAUCUCUCUGCUGCAGCGUCCAACUCAGCUGCGGUUGAGGCGGAGGCCCUCCGUGCUGGGGUGAGCAAGGGGGGAUCUGCAAAAGGCGAGCUCGUUUUGGCCAUGUUCGAGCUGGCAAAUUGCUUCCGCAAUGGGUGGGGUAUAGCAAAGGAUCCUCCUGCUGCUAGACAGUAUUACGAGACUGCUGCGAACUUGGGUGAUACUGAUGCUAUGAAUGAAGUGGGAUGGUGUUACCUCGAAGGUUUCGGGGGUAAGAAAGACAAGUUCAAAGCAGCCAAGUAUUACAGACUUGCCGAGAAGAAUGGAUGCCCUACUCUUGGGAAUUCAUGGAUCUGGAAAGAAAAGUACGACCCGAAGUAA